ACAAAAUAAUAUUCAUUCUAUGUAGCCAACCCACGGAUAAUCGUUUGGCUUGACAAAAUCUCACCUAAAACCAAUAAAAAAACACCACAAAAAAACCACCACUUCCAUCGGCUUAAUUCCAUGGCCUUAUCCACUCCCUCAACCACCGUAACCACCACUCCUCCUCACCACCUCCCUCAACUCUUCCACCCUCACUCCUCCCUCUCCGGUGUAAGUUUUCCGGCAAAAACCAGCACCGGCGGGCAGCAGGUGACACUAACACAAUCACCCAUCUUAAAAUGGAGAGCCAAUGUUUCUUUUUUCUCAGGCUUGUUGAACAAAACUAAGGAUGCAAGCUCUAUUAAACAGGAGCUUCUUGACGCCAUUGCUCCUCUUGAUCGUGGUGCUGAAGCUUCCCCUGAAGAUCAGGAAGCAAUUGAGCAGAUAGUUCGAAAACUCGAAGCAGCAAAUCCGACAAAGGAGCCGCUCAAGUCUCCUUUUCUAGACGGAAAAUGGGAACUCAUAUACACCACUUCGCAAUCGAUUCUACAAACUAAGAGACCCAAGUUCCUUAGAUCGCGUGUAAACUAUCAAGCGAUUAACGCAGACACUCUUAGAGCGCAAAAUAUGGAGUCAUUUCCCACCUUUAACCAGGUAACAGCGGAUUUAACGCCCGUGAACUCGAGAAAGGUGGCGGUCAAAUUUGAUUAUUUCAAGAUUUUAGGAUUGAUACCCGUUAAAGCGCCAGAUACAGCUCGUGGCUCACUUGAAAUAACUUACCUGGAUGAAGAAUUGAGGGUUUCAAGAGGGGAUAAGGGAAACUUGUUCGUCUUAAAAAUGAUUGAUCCCUCUUAUCGGGUCCCUGUGUGACACGUACAAAACUAUGGCACGAAGACGGGCUUCAUGAAACGGUGCAAGAAUUCGUUAAGGAUCUGUUUUUAAGUCGAAACAACUUUUGACUCUUGUUAUACAUGUAUACAAUAAUUCACAAUACACUGGUCAAACCUUCAAAUUUGUGUCUUUCUUGUUUUAUCGAGAAUUUAAUGGGAUAAUUAAUAAUUUUCA